GCGGCCGCCUUUGUGGAGCCGGGACCUGCUCUCCUUUCUCCUUCGAGCAGAAGAGGAGCUAGCGAGGAGAUUAACAAAAAGAACCACCAAGCUCGAGUUAAUGUUUGAGAAGUUCGGGUGCUGGAGAGUCUGGAAUUUUGGCUUCUUGGAGAAACAGUAGAAAAUGCAAAACGAAAUAAUAAAGCCUGCUAAAUACUUCUCAGAAGUGGAGAAGAGUGUGCUGCUUGCAUUAGUUGAAAAAUACAAAUACGUGCUUGAAUGUAAAAAAAGUGAUGCAAGAACUAUUGCUCUGAAGCAACGCACCUGGCAAGCACUAGCUCAUGAAUAUAAUUCACAGCCCAGUGUAUCACUACGAGACUUCAAACAGUUAAAGAAAUGCUGGGAAAAUAUCAAGGCACGGACAAAAAAGAUAAUGGCACAUGAAAGGCGGGAGAAGGUAAAAAGAAGUAUUAGUCCACUUAUAAAUACUCACAUCGUAGGGAAAGAGAAGAUUGCCAGCAUAAUGCCUGAGCAAAUGUACUUUUUGCAGAGCCCACCAGAAGAAGACUCUGAAUAUCAGCCUGAUGCUUCUAGUCAAGAGUCAUUUGUUGUGUCAAACAGAGAACUUUGUGAUGAAGACAAAGAGCUGGUACAUUUUCCAGUAUGCGAAGGUACCUCCCAGCCUGAGCCUUCGUGUUCUGAUGUCAGAAUAGCAGCAGAUAAGAACUACAGAAGUAAAGCAUCUCAGGAAAGUGCUCUGAAAAAGAUGCAUGAGGAAGAACAUCAUCAGCAAAUGUCGAUUUUGCAACUCCAGUUAAUCCAAAUGAAUGAAGUUCAUGUGGCAAAGAUACAGCAAAUAGAAAGAGAGUGUGAGAUGGCUGAAGAGGAACACAGGAUAAAAAUGGAAGUGCUAAAUAAAAAGAAAAUGUAUUGGGAGAGAAAACUGCAGACCAUUACAAAAGAAUGGCCUGUAUCAUCCUAUAACAGACCCUUUCCUAAUUCACCUUAGAACACAGAAGGGCAGAGAGUCAGUCUGAUUUAGCACAUUUAUGAGUAACACGCACUGGAAAGAGGGUUUUCUACUGUGAAUGUACAGUGACAGGAUAGGUGCCUGGCUGAUAGUGAACACACUAUGACUCGUAAUGUUUAGAGAAACAGUGGUAUAGUUCACCAAGAGGAAAGCUCUAGUGUUCAUUUGUAGGUAGUUCUGAUUUGUUUAACUCACAGACAUGCACAGUGCUCUAAAAUGUGAACGUAUUUUCCCCUCUCAGAACACCCUUGAUUCCUGUGAAAUUUAAGGUACUCCGGAUAUUCUUUCAUUGGGUGUUCUUAAGAAAACUUAACAGCUUUAAACAUCGGGCUGUAGCAUUUGUUUUGAUUUCUAUCUCUUCCUAUCUGCCAUUUCCUGAAUGAAGGCAAGGCUAGGAAUUGCUCUCUGCUAUUGAGACAAAAGAUGAUUGACAGCUAUUAGCUGGAUCAUUGCUGAGGCUUAGGGAAAACCAACUAGUUAAUACAGUCCAUAACUUAUUCUUUAUAGAAGACGUGAAAAUGAAGAGGGCCACUGUAGUAACAGCCCUCUCCUUCUGAAGAACAGUAAUAUUUCCCAGCUGUCUGGCUGACUGAGAGAACCAUUGUGGAAUGGCCAUCCAGUUGUUUUAGCCUUGACACUUGAGAUGUUAAAAAGAAGGCAACUUCUUCCUCAAAAGUCACUGUGCUUGUUCUUUCAUUUCCAGGCCCAUCUUGUAUUGAAGUAGAAUACCCAAACAGGAGGGUCAAAUGCUGCUGCCAGCACUGUGUGCUGUUCACCUGAAGUCACUCUAAGGGGAAGAGCUUUUUAAGAAUUCAUAAAGCUCUCAAAAUGCAGUGAGCCAGCAAGUCCAUUGGCAAUGUCUCCCUCUAUCUUCCUAUGCAAUACUUGAUGGUGUAGCAGCUAGCCUGAUUAUUUCUCCAUAACUAGAAGAAAAAACUAAGACUCACCCUCUCUUCCUUCUCAUAGGGUGGGAAGCAGUUUAAGGGAAUCAUUCCUGUCUUGAAGCACUGUUCUGAUUUGUUAUGUUCUGUCCUGUGCGUUAUGGUGGUGUGUUUCUUGCCUUUGCUGUCAGUGAAGGGUGAUGGACAUGAUUUGUAUGAAGGCAUUCACAUGAAGGUCCCCACAGAUUUUGGACGUCCAGAAUAGUAGAUAGUAGGAAAGCACAAAUAAAGAUAAUCUUUACCCUGG